CUUCAACUUGAGCUCGAGGCCGAAGACUUCGAGCAGGUGAACGCGGAUGAGGAGCUUGCCAUCGCCUGUCAAGUGGCCGAGGACGAGGCCCAGAAGGAGGGCCUGAAGGUAACUGUAGCUAUCCCUCCCCCUCGGUGUGGUACUGAAGCUGGGAGCUCCCGGCCUAUAGACGCUGUACCCCUCAGUGUGGCCCCAGGACAGAAGAGAAAGAAGGCGAGGGUGGCUUCGAAGAAGAAGCAAGCUGCCGUCGACGCUGGCCAGCCACUGGGACUCCCCGAGGGCUAUUCUUUCCUGAAUACGGCCGCCUUGGAGGUCAAGAAUAAAGCUACCCGAGGGGAGAUGAUGGCGGUGCAAUUUUUGGUAGGGCCUUCGGCGCAAGUGGUAGAGCCAAAGCCGGAUGACGUGCUCCUUCGUGCCCCCGACGGCUGCUUUGCCGUGCAUCUGCUUUCGGUGGAGCUGGGUCUCAGGUUCCCCCUUCAUCCUUUUGUGUUGGAGUACCUCCGUUUUGUAAAGCUAGCCCCCUGCCAGUUGACCCCGAACAGUCACUCAUAUCUGGCAGGGUUCCUGUCACUGUGCCUAAGCCGAAGGGUCCCCCCUACUCUGGAGCAAUUCUUCCUGUCAUUCAACUUAUGCCGGGGGGGCAUUCGAACGCCGGGGGCUAUGGUAAUCUGCAGCAACUCCCGAAGUUCAGGAUCUUUGAUGAGGCGCCUUCGUCUCACAAGGGCUGGAAAGACAAGUUUUGCUAUAUCCGGUUGGCCGAGAACCCCUUCUCGCUCCGCUUGGUGACAGGUUUCGGCGGCACCCGAAGGCAGAAGGGUAUGCCCUCGAAAAGAAUGGGCGGGUGUUGUCCAAGAAGUCGGAGGGUUCUGAUAAACAUGUGUCCAUCAAAGGUGCAACGCUCUCCAGUGAGUUGUACAAGCUUGGCUUCCGUCGGUACCGGCUGAUGGGGGAGAGGGAGGAAGGCUACCCCCUGAUUGACCGCGUAUAUGAGAGUGCUGAAGGUUGUUGUAAUGCCGAAGGCUUUAUUUCUCAUGCUUAGAAAAUUUUCUCCCCCCUUCAUAUUUUUUGCUUUGCUGUAAUAGUGAACUAACCCCUGUGUGCCUUCUUGUGUUUCAGGACCAGACAUGGACGCUCGGAACCUGGUCAAGCUGAAGCGGCAACUUGCUCGAGAGGAGCAGAAGAAGGAGGCCCCCGCACAGCAGAGGGCGGUCGAUGAGAUCUUCCCCAAGGCGGGAGCGGUCGAAGAGGCCAAGGAGGCGGGGCCCGUAUCGGAGGCCGCCGUCGGGGGCUCCCCCGGUCUGGAGCUGAAGAGAAAAAGGCAUGGGAAGGACCCGGCACAACCGGAGGGGAAGAAGAAGAAGAAGGGGGCCCCGGAGUCGAAGGAAGCCCCCGUUGUGGUCAUAGAAGAAUCUUCUCCUCCCAAGCCUUCGGGUCAGGCGACUGAUCUGACAUGGCCCCUGGACAAAGUCCAAUUUUCCAUUACGAAGGGGACUGCUAUCAUGCACGGGACCCUGAACCCGAAGGAGUUUUUGAGGGGUGCCACCCCUCCGACCGAUAAGUCCGUGCUCUCCCGUCAGGCUGACGAUGUCCUCUGCUCCAAGGUUCUGAUGGCCUCGAUUACGGCGAGCCUUGGCCUUGGCGAGCUGGUCCAGAGGAUAGAACAUCAUGACUCGGAGAAGAAGAAGGCCGCUGAAGCACUGGCCGAGGCCCGAAGGCAGCUCAAGGAGGCCGAGGACGCUCGCAAAGCUGAGCAAGAGGCUUUCAAAGACAUCCUCGAGGGCUCCAAGACGGUGGCCAGGGCCGAAGGUAAAGCAGAGGCGGAGAAGGCUGCGGCAGAUGCUGCCAAGAAAGCCGCAGAGGAUGCCGAGGAGGCCCGGAUCAAAGCUGUCGCCGAAGCCCGGGAGGAGGCUGUUGCUACUUUUGCCGAAGAGGGAUGGAAAGCCGAAGGUCGGCAAAAAUGGGUGGCUUCGGUGGUGGAAGCUUCGGUGGACGAAUGGGUGAAAGGCCCAGGCGCCAUGUGGUUGGCCCGAAAGGGGAAGGAAUAUUAUGACGGGAGUGAGUACUUUACUCAGGCCCUCGUAUAUCGAAGGCUGUCCCGGCAUUUUGGGGUGGACCCGAAGGCCUUUGAUCCGGCAUCCUAUGGCCUUCCUCCUCUUCAGCCAGACCCCAGGGUUCCCCUCCCUGAAGGUGUUGCGAGGCCUGACUUGGAAGACUCCCUGCUGAUGGCCGAGGGCAGUGACGACGAGGAGGAGAUUGGUGAUGAUGCCGUGUCCAAGCCUGCAGUAGAGGACGCCUCCGGGAAUGCCGUCGAAAUUGUUGAGUAAUUUUGUACUUAGGAAUGUGUGAACAUAUCUUGUAAUGAACAAUAUUUAUCCUUCGGCUUCGGCCUGUUUGUAAUUUUACACUCACUCCGUUUUUGAUGAAUGCAUGCUGCCUCCGGACUCUUCAUAUUUGAAUGCGCCUUAUGUUUU